AAAGAAAGGAGUAAUUAGAGCCACUCAACCAACUUUGCCUCCCAGCGCUCUGAGAACACAUCUACCCAUCUGCCUCAAGACAUUUUGUUCCCCGAGAUCAUACUUGCUUACUCAAUCAAUUGAUGCAAUGGACCUGACACCUCCCACCUCGCCCCAGCAUGGUAAAUCAGAUCUGGUUCUAUUCAAGCCUAAACAGCUCCGUCGCUUCUAUGAACCCGUCGUUCUCUUCAAAGCCCUCAACGACAUCUCACGUACGUGGGGUAGGAUUCGAUUGCCAGACCGUUCCCCAACCCCCAAGACGGACGAAGAGAAGUUUCAAUUGUUUCUCGACAAACUCGCUCUCGUUUGCGAUCGGGAAAAGAGUGGCUCAACGGUCACGGCUGUUACCGUUCUGGACCAGGAGGAGGAUGUUCUCACUUACGUCUUCGCUUGCAACCAAAUCUCAACGUCUGGGCUUGAGAAAACGAAGAAUUUCGUGCUUGAGCUGCUCAAAAAGGUAGAGGGUUUCAGCAACCUGGAGCCGGCUGAGACAAUUGGAGUUGGGGAGGACAUCCGGGAUUUGAUUCUGGCGUUCAAUCGACCAAGGGUUGAGUGCUACAUGAGAAGUGUGCUGCAAGAGCUGGAGAAUUGCAUCAAAUCAUGCAAUCACAUUGAAUACGAUGACAUCUCACAAAUUGAGAGAAGCUUGAAAGAGCUACACAGGUCUAUUGGCGACGGCAUAGGCAAGAAGACCAUUGAAGCUGAAUACCUUGACUCUUCCCUGCGCUGCCUCCGAGGAAUCAACGAUUUUCGAAAGGCUCCCAUGAAAAACUUCAUUGACGAGCGAGCAACCGAAGGUCGCCUACCUGACCAUAGGACCAUGUUCUGCUGGGCGGAGUUGCGACACAACCUGACCCGCCUACUUGCCUACGAGAAAACUGUGGCAAUCUUCGUUGCCACAGAGGCCAAAUGGCCAGAGUUGUUCCAGGAGAUAGAGGUCAAGGCAGUUAUUUCCAGCCGUCCAGACGUUAACCCGUUGGGUAAGAAGAGCGAGGACGCGCAAAGCAUAAUCGGACGCAUGUCUUCCGACAUUCGAACAAUUCAGAAGUAUCGGGGGCUCUCUCGGAACCUCGAGGCAGAGCCGUACCAGUUAAAUGAUCGAAUUGCAGAGCAGUGUCAGAAAAGAAGAUUCAGACCAAUCGUGCAUUGCGAAGUCUUGCUCCUCAACUGGAUUCUGGUCAAGUAUAUCGAGCCGAUCUUCUUCCAGAAAUGGAGGUACAUCGGGACCAGCAAGGGACCAUGCAAACUAUGCCACUACUACUUCGAAGCUCACCCGAGCCCAAUAAAGGUGCGCCCUGCUCACGGAAACGUGUACACGAGCUGGAGGUUCCCCGACUUGACCACGGUCCAGGGGGACGCGGGCAUGCGAGGACGACAGACCAUUUUCAAUUCGAUGAUCAAUGCGAUUCGGAAUGAUGCCUUUUCGAUCUUGGAGGAAAAAUCGCCAAUUGGGAAAUCGCAUGAUUCGAAUACGUACACAUUUGUGUCACACCCGGAAUCGGACUGUGAGGUAGAAGCUGGAGGAAGCGAGUCAUCCGAGAUUGAGGAGUUGGUCGAACAGUUCGACGCUGGGCUCGGUUUUUCCAAUACAUCGAAGACUGAUGGCCUUGCACUGCCCAGCUCGGAUGAUGAGGAGGGAGGCACGAGCUUGGUCUGAAAUCUGACUUGAGAGACUGGGGGAGAGUAUCGUUGAUCGAUUUUUAUUGUUCCGUCAAUUCAGAUGAU